CAAAUUUCUUAUAGUGUCACUAUAUCUUUUUCUUUCCAAAUCUUUAGUAAAAUGGGUCUAAAGUCUGUGUUGUGUGGCAAGGUAGAAAUGAAGGCUAAUAAAGAUGUGUUUCAUGAUAUUUUUACAAAUAAACCACACCAUGUCUCUACUAUGUCCCCUUUGCAUGUACAAGGAUUUGAACUUCUUGAAGGUGACAUUGGAACGGUUGGAUCCAAAAUUUGUUGGAACUAUACCCUUGAUGGGGAAAAGAUGAUCUCCAAACAAAUACUUGAAACUAUAGAUCAUGAAAAAAAGGUGCUCACACUCAAAGAAUUUGAAGGAGAUGUAACAGAUAAAUAUGAUAGUUUUAAAGCAACUCUUCAUAUCGAAACAAAAGACGAAAUCGAUUUGGUUAGCUGGACAUUGGAGUAUGAAAGGCCAAAUGAGAAUGUCCCUGAACUUAUAAAUUUGCUGAACUUCGUUGUUGGUAUGACAAAAGCUAUUGAUGAUCACCAUGCCAAUUGAUGAAUUGAUAGGAUCUAUGUUGCUCAGACUGUUCAAAAAUGUCAUCAGGUGCGUAUCAAAUUCUUUAAAAAUAAUGCAUUUUUGAAGGAUCUGAUACAAAUAUGACAACAUUUUUGAAUAGUCCGAUCAACUUAGAAUGGGAUCAUAUAUAUGCAUGUGAGCUUUACAUAAAUAAACUUUGCUUUGUUGUUGUUUGAAAGUAUGGUAAAAAAAAACAAUCCUUGUUGGUUGUGUACUUUUUUUUUUUUUUUUAUAUGUUUGUUGUGUCUUUCUCAUGUAAGUGAUAUGUUGUCAACUAUGUUAACCUUUGUAUUGUGUAAUAAGACAUGGGUAUGAAGUUUAUAUA